AUGUUCGAUAAACAAUUUUUGAUUUAUGUUCUUGUCACUUUGUUGGUAGUGUUAUCACAUUGUCAUGCACUUAGCAACAGUGAUCUCGAGACAGACUCCGCCCCAUCCCCUUCAUUACCAAACGUAUCUCUUGCUCCACCCUCCACAACCACCAUCAUCACCACAGUCUCCAGUAAUAGUCCAACCGAAGAUGUUUCUCUUCUUAGUAAUAGUGAUCUUGGACCAGAUUAUCUUCCUCUUCCUGAGAAUUUGGCUUGGGUUCAAAACAACAAGAAUGAUGAUUUCACAAAUGUCACCGAACUUGACCAAAGUGCAUCACGAACUGAUACCAUAAAUGGAGCUAUGAAUCCUUCAGGUACCCGACCUCGUGUUGCUCAAAUGACAGGUUGUCGUACUCAAGGUCAAAUUGCCGUUACCUAUAGUGAAGGUCCUAGCGAUGCUACUGCAAGAAUUGUAAGGCAUCUCAACAAUGCUGAUGCUCGUGCCAAUUUCUUUUUCAAUGCUUCUUGGCUUUAUACACAGCAAUAUGCAAUGGUAGUACAGAAUGUAUACAAUGCUGGUCAUUUUGUAGGAAUGACCUAUCGGGUGAAGAAUGACGACUCGUCAUUAUGGUCAGACAAGGAAAUUCGAGACGAUAUUAUCAACAAUGCUCGCAUCAUUGAAACUCUAAUCAAGGUAUCGCCAAAAUACGUCCGUUUACAUUAUACACCCAAACCUGAUACUCGUGUGGAAACCAUUCUUCGUGACCUAGGCUUUGUUUUGGUGGGAUACAAUUUAGAUAGUCAAGAUUAUUCACACAAAGAUCCAACAGGACCAAACUCUAUUGAAGAUGUCUAUCGUCGUACCUUCCAACGCCAAAAGGAUACCUAUGAUGCCAAGGGGUCCUUCAUUUCUAUUCAAUACGAUAUUCCUGAUACUGGUGCUCUUAUUGCUGUCCCAUUCAUGAUCAAUACCAUCAAUGAAGAAGGUUACACUAUGGUCCGUUUGGAUGGUUGUCUCAAUGACCCCAAGCCAUACAAAAAAGCUGCCGACAGUAUGGAAUAUGUCUCGGAUAAAUUCUCAUUCAACUCUACAGGUUAUCAUCAAGGUCAAAAAGCCAUUUCUAGUGAAGCUCUUGUGGUGGACAAUUGGGAAACAGAAGAAGACCGUAUGUUUCUUAAGAAGAAAAGUUUGGCUACUGAUAUACUAGUCGAUUGGCCUUAUUUGGUGAUGGUCAUGGUGUUAUCAUUUGGAACAAUGUUACUGUAG